AUCAUCAAUGGGGGGCAGGUACAGGUGCGUCCGAGGGGAGGGUAGAAGUGGCCGUAGCAGUCUAUUCUAGCAGGCCCCUCACGAGGGUUGGUGCGUCCUGAACCGACGCCUCGAGGGGAUAACUGCGAGGAGGAGGAUCACAGCGGAUCGGCUCGGGCUACUGCUCCAGUAGUCGUUGCGCUAAUUUCGGGCAGUUUGUUUCCCUGCCCGCCACAGCAGAUAGUCUCUCUCUCUCUCUCUCUCUCUCUCUUUCUCUCCAUCCUCUCUCUCUUCCUUUCUCUCUUCACCCUCUCGCCUCUCCCUGUGAAAGUGAGGGGAGAGGUGGAGCCCGCCUACCAUCACCACCCUGUAACAUCCUCCGCGUUUCUUCUCUCUUUCCCUUCCCUUAAAUUCCUCCUCCUCCUUUUCUUCCCCCCAUUGACAAUUUCCUUCCCUCCGCACUUCGUCAUUCCUGUCCUACAGCUGCUGGUGGUGGUGGGCAGAUCGCUUAGAUCCGAGAUCCGACGGCUCCCUUUGUUUAAGGCUCUGUCUUUCUUCCUUUCUCCAUCUGUGUGAUUCUCUGUCUCGAAUUUCUUCUAACGAUAGAGAAAUUUCGAGCCCCAGUUUUCUCCGUGCAGCCGCGUGUUGUCACGUCCUCUUCUUCUCGUAAUUGGUGAAGCGAUUAAAGUUCAAAAUUGGUUGGUUUUCUUCACGGAUGCCAUCUCGUUGGUCUUCUUUAACAUAAGAGAGAGAGAGGGAGAGAGAGAGAGAGAGAGAAGGAGUCUAGGAGAUGGGUUGCAUAGCGUCGAAGCAGACGGUAUCGGUGACGCCUGCAUGGGAUUUUUCAGGCGCGUUCAGGAGCCAGGGAUCGUCCUCGGGGAUACUGGCCUCCAGGUCGUCCUCCCUCAGAAAUCGGAGCCAGAACAGGGGUAGCGGCAGGGAGGAGUCUGGGGAGGACGACGUAAAGAAGAAGAAUGGUAAGAAGAAGAAAAAGCAGAGCAAAAACUGGUUCGAGGGGCCAGAUCCGCGGGCAGUGGGGGUUGGUGGCAUCGGGGAAGAGUCCGGGAGGAGCGCAGCCUCGAGUUCCGUGGUGAUCGACCCCAUUGGCAACACCUCCACCCGCUCAAACCAGUCCGUCAGCUUCCGGCUCGGGAACCUCACUAGGUACGUGGAGGGCGAGCAGGUAGCAGCGGGCUGGCCCGCCUGGCUCAGCGCCGUCGCCGGCGAGGCUAUCCAGGGGUGGGUCCCACUGAAGGCUGAUUCCUUUGAGAAACUCGAGAAGGUGGGCCAAGGUACUUACAGCAGUGUAUUCAGAGCCCGUGAUCUUGAGACUGGGAGGACAGUUGCUUUGAAAAAAGUUCGUUUUGACAAUUUUGAGCCUGAGAGUGUGAGGUUUAUGGCACGUGAAAUUCAGAUCUUGCGCAAGCUUGACCAUCCAAAUAUUAUUAAGUUGGAAGGUUUGAUCACUUCUCGUUUAUCCUGUAGCUUGUAUCUGGUAUUUGAAUAUAUGGAGCAUGAUCUUGCUGGCUUGUCAUCAUGCCCUACUAUCAGUUUCAGUGAAUCGCAGGUUAAAUGCUACAUGAACCAAUUACUAUCUGGGCUUGAACACUGCCAUUCUCAUGGGAUCAUGCACCGUGACAUCAAAGGUGCAAAUCUUCUAGUUAACAAUGAAGGAACUCUGAAAAUAGCUGAUUUUGGUCUGGCAAAUAACUAUAGUCCAAACCAGAGGCAUCCAUUAACCAGCCGUGUGGUGACUCUUUGGUAUCGCCCUCCAGAACUGUUGCUAGGUUCUACAAAUUAUGGAGCAACCGUGGACCUGUGGAGUGUAGGUUGUGUUUUUGCAGAAAUGCUUAUUGGCAGACCUAUUCUACAAGGAAGAACUGAGGUAGAGCAACUUCACAAAAUCUUUAAACUAUGUGGCUCACCUUCUGAUGAAUAUUGGAGAAAGUCCAAACUACCCCAUGCAACUAUAUUCAAGCCCCAGCAGCCUUAUGAAGGUUGCCUUCAAGACACCCUCAAAGAUAUCCCGGAGUCUGCUAUAAGUUUGAUAAAAACUCUUCUUUCAGUUGAGCCUUACAAACGUGGCACUGCUUCCACUGCACUAGCAUCAGAGUACUUCAGGACAAAACCUUAUGCCUGUGACCCAUCCAGCUUGCCGAAGUACCCACCAAAUAAAGAGAUUGAUGCUAAAGUUCGGGAAGAUGAUGCACGGAGGAAAAGGACCAUGGGAAAGGGAACCCGUGGUUCUGAUGGUACAAGGAGGGCUGCAAGAGUUGCCAAAGUUUCAGACAGCAUUAACAGAUUUGCCCCAGAAUCUCAGGGUGUAAAGGAUGGCCUUAAUGGGCUCCACAGUGGAAAUAGCAGAAAGGUCAAUAUUGAUAAGGGAAAUGUCAAUUCUGGCAUCAAUCUGUUAAAGUCAACAAUUGAUCUCCCUGAAGAGGUUUGUCACAGGAAGAAUGAUUCCCAAGAAGACAUUCCCUUUUCAGGCCCUUUGCCUGUUUCUGGAUCUACUGGUUUUGCAUGGGCAAAGAGAAGGAAAGAAGACACUGCUGCUCCACUGAGAUCACAUAGGAGAUCAAAAUCUAGGGCACUCAGCUCUGUUUCUUCAGAUUCAUCCUCUGCCCUGAGACGCAUAGACUCCUCAGGACUGAAAGACCAAGCUAAUGGAAAUACGAAGGAACAGAGUGUAGCUAAGCAGGGAAUCAUGCAACGAAGAGGGAACUUUGGUCUUACUGAUUCCUUUGAUGCUUCUGAAGCAUAUCACUCUCAGGAUUUUUCUUCUACUCUUAGCCAGAACGAGCAAAUGGCAUUUAAGCCGCAUAUCUUGAAUUAUCAUGGUUUCCAAGAUGAAGACAACAAAGUUGAUUUCUCAGGGCCUAUACUUUCUCAUUCAUCAAAAGUUGAUGAAUUCCUUGAAAAACAUGAGCGCCACAUUCGUCAAGCAGUCAGGCGGUCAUGGUUCCAAAGAGGUAAAAAGGGUGGAAGAAAGGAUCUGGGCGAAUGAUAUUUUCAUUGUUUGGAGCAGCACAGUGGUCAGUCAUGAGGAUAUUUAGAGGAAAGGCUCUCCUGUGUGCCCAAGGCUGCGGGGCCACCCUCGAACAACUAAAACACAAAGCUGAUAUGAAAGAAUGGCUAUACAGAGGCCUAACUUUUGCUGGUGGCAGGAGUGAGGACCCAGGGGUCCCCUCAUAUUGAAAUAUGCUCGAGGGUAGGGAAGAAGAAGCCCUUUAUAUCCACAGCUUGCAUAUUCGGUGCUAUGAUUAUGCUGUAAAUGGCACCAAUAAAAGAGGCCCUCCUCUUGGAAAGGAAAGUCAUGGACGAUGCCUCUCUUUUGCAGAGAGAGUGGCCAUCCAUUCAUCCACAGAGCUUUUGUCUCGUGCCGUUUUUGUUUUGCCAUUCUUUCCGUAAUCCUGCCAGCUCUUCAAAGCAUGUGAAGGUGGGGAUUAGAUCGAAUGGGUGCUUAACGGUUUCAGGCAAUUUCAUAGCGUUUAGAUGAGUUUGAGCCAGGUGAUAGGAAGUGGUGUGGCUGCUAAUGAGCGCUGCACCUACUGCUUGCAUUCAUUAAAAAAUUGUCAAUUUCUUGUGUCAAGUGUCUUCAAAGCUGCUCACCAAACAAAGGAGCGUUCCUGUAUCUUUUUCCAGUGCUCAUGAAAAUGAAAAAAUGAGUGGAAGAAAUCUUCCAUCUAUUCAA